ACGCCGCACGGCCCGUCGUUCUGACGCACGGAUCACGCAAAUCACGCACGUUCGUUCACAAAUAAAAUUGUAUCCGAUUAUAAAAUGAUCAUCGAUAUGACAUAAAAUCUAUUCUUAUAUUGUUAUGGUAUACGUGAAUCAUUAACUAUUUCUAAUUAAAGGGGUAACAAGUAAAAUUUAGUCCGUUAUCCUUAAAUUAAGUGAAAAUGAAUGAUACAACAGUGAAGUCUAAUGAUACUUGGCAGCGGAUAAAAGAAUUGGCACAGUCAUGGCUGGAAGACCCCGGUGUGGAAGAGUACGAAGGUCUGAACAUCACCGCGCUGCAGAGAGAUGAAGCGUAUAUAGUUGGAUCUGCUGAUAGAGAUAUUGGAAUCUACAGCGUCUCCGACGAUUGUUUUAGAUGUCCUUUCGAGCUACAUAAAAAAAUCGCCGCAGGAACGAAAGAGACAUGGGUCAAUAAUACUGCACGCCGUGCCACGUGGCGGGUAUAUACAAAUACUACAGAACAAUAUAUUACUACUAGAAAUACCACGAAUAUGAUAUGCCAACUGAGACCUGACUUGGGACAGUUCGGCGUGUACAGACUUAACGCCAGCGGCGAGGGUUGUAACUUUACUACCUCCAAGGAACCAGUCGUCAUAUAUAAACCAUUGCUCCUUCUAUUGGGAGUACUGAUUGGAGCAUGGUUGUUGUACGGAAUUGUGAAGUUGAUCAUGUCUCGGAUACGAGUAACUGGAAAACUGCGAUAUGGGGACAAGGAACUAGCGAUACAGCAGCGACUGCGGGCACUAGACACCUUCAGAGGAAUAGCCAUAGUGUUUAUGAUCUUCGUGAACGACGGCGCCGGUGGUUACUGGUGGCUGGAGCAUGCCACUUGGAACGGACUCCUGGCUGGUGACCUGGUAUUCCCUGCCUUCCUCUGGAUCAUGGGCGUCUGUAUACCGCUGUCUGUUAAAAGCUCAUUCGCUAAAGGAGUUCCAAGGUGGAAGAUAGUGCUACAGAUUGUGAGGCGUUCCUGCAUGAUGUUCUUAUUGGGCAUGUCGCUGAAUACAGUGUACGGCCGCAACAUGCUGCAGCAACUGCGAAUCUUUGGGGUCUUGCAAAGGCUGGCCGUUUCAUACCUGAUUGGGGCCGGGUUCUAUGCACUGACGGCACCUAAAUAUUAUACUCCACCGAGGGGUUCAUGUGGUCAGGCAUUGAAGGAUGUUCUGGCCUGUAUGUGGUGUUGGGUCCUAGCAGUCAUACUGGUGGCUGUACAUAGUACUAUCACCUUCACUGUGCACGACCCUAAUUGUCCAAUCGGUUACUUGGGCCCGGGUGGUAAGCAUGACGACUGGGUCGCAGAGGAUUGCGGCGGCGGCGCUGCCGGCUACAUCGACAGACUUGUGUUGGGCGAGGCCCAUAUGUUCCAGAAUAGUGACGCUAAAAGAAUAUACGGCGGACUUCGUACAGAGCCUGAGGGUUUGUUAGGAUGCCUGACGUCAGCAGUGCAAGUUCUGCUCGGAGUGCAGGCCGGCGUGACAGUGCUGCUGCAGAGAUCGCACAAGUCUCGCAUCUCUCGCUGGCUCUCCUUUGGAGUGGUGUUCGCUCUCGUUGGAGCUCUCCUUGCUGGAUUCUCCAGGGAGCAUGGGAUCGUGCCCAUUAAUAAAAACUUAUGGUCCAUAUCAUUUGUACUGGUGACAUCAGCGUGUUGCCUGGUGUUGUUGUGCGUCUGUUACACAUUCACUGACGUGUGGCGCACUUGGGGUGGCGGGCCCUUCCGAGCCCCAGGCCUCAACGCCAUCGUUCUCUACGUGGGACAUUCUUUGGCCGCUCGCCUCUUCCCCUUCCACUGGCGCAUCCCUAUAAUGAGGACUCAUGGUAUAUACCUCGUCGAGGCUGUAUGGGGAACUGCCCUUUGGGUCAUCAUCGCCCAUGUAAUGGCAAAGAAAAAAGUUUUUAUCACACUUUAAGUUAGAUAUAUAAAUACAUAGCAUACUAAGCUUUUCGACACAUAAUUUUAUACAUGGUGUAUAAUAGAGUUGUAAAAAAACUUGUAUACUUGUAGUGAUAUUUGUUUUAAAUAAUAUCAGAAGCUAUAUCCACUUUAUUGAUAUUAACAGGUCUACUCUAGCCUCAUCUUAAUGACUGUUUUCAUUCAAUCCAUUAUAGGACUGUUCUUUUGAAAUGUAAAUAAGACAAACGAAUAAAUCGAUUAUAAUGUGUAUACAAAGGUGCUAAACGGCUAGUUCAAUGUCGAAUUUAUGAGAAU